AUGGUCGAUGGUACGAGCGAUUCCGGGUGCGUAUUGGAAGUCGCUGAUGGCAAUUUGCAGAAGCAACAGCAACAAAAGGAUGAACAGGCACAAGGGGUGACACAAAAGAAGAAGAAGGUCACAGCUGCCCAACUUCGCGUGCAAAAAGAUCUAAGUGAACUGUCACUCGGUUCAACCAUGAAGACGACGUUCCCCAACCCCGACGAUAUCCUGAACUUUACCCUCACGAUCGAACCAGAUGAAGGAAUGUACAAGGGCGGCAGCUUCGUGUUCAACUUCUCCAUCAACCAGAACUUCCCACACGAUCCACCCAAAGUCAAAUGCACACAGAAGAUUUACCAUCCAAACAUUGAUCUAGAGGGAAAUGUCUGCUUGAACAUCCUGAGAGAGGAUUGGAAGCCUGUGUUGAAUUUGAACGCCGUUAUCGUCGGCAUGCAGUUCCUCUUCCUGGAGCCGAAUGCUUCUGAUCCGCUAAACAAGGAGGCUGCUGAAGAUCUCAGAAACAACCGAGAAGGAUUCCGGCGUAAUGCGCGAACGGCAAUGGGGGGCGGGUCCGUGAGAGGACAGACCUACGACCGAGUAUUGCGGUGA